AGUGGCGGUCAUUUUUGCAGCGCUUGGGUGCAUCCAGACCGUCAGAGCUUUGGGAGCGCUUUGUUUGGCGAGAGAGUCGGAAGGCGCGAGGGGAGGGGUCCUCCCGCUGAACAGUCGGGGGUCUAAGGGUCGGCGGCGGCGGGGUUGACGGCUUUGCCUAGGUCCCCGGGCCCGUCGCUGUCGGGUCCCAGCCCCGCUCUGCCCAGACUCCGAUGGCUGCGGCUGCGCUGAGGGCCCCGACUCAGGUGAGCGCUGCGUCCACUAGACCUCACCCUCCUUCAUCCUCACUCAAAUUCUAAAGCCCAGUAAGGGGUGCCUUCUUGGGUCGCUAGGGUCGAGAUCCUCAUGUCCAGUACAGUGGGGGCUCGUGGGUGGAGUCCCUAUUUCCAGAACUUGGGUGAUGAGGCAUGGAAGAAGGUGACAGGCAAAGGGACCGGCGUUUCUAAACUAUUGGAGAUGGAGUGAAGAAGGUUCAUACCUGGAGUGCCAAGGUGACUGUGUCUCCAGAAACACAUAUGGACCUCACAAAGGGCUGUGUGACCUUUGAGGACAUCGCCAUUUACUUCUCACAGGAAGAGUGGGGACUUCUUGAUGAGGCUCAGAGACGCCUGUACCUUGAAGUGAUGCUGGAGAACUUUGCCCUUGUAGCCUCACUGGGUUGUGGCCAUGGAACAGAGGACGAAGAGACACCUUCUGAGCAGAAUGUUUCUGGAAGAGUGUCACAGUCAACGGCAGGUUCAUCCACACAGAAGACUCAAUCCUGUGAGAUGUGUGUCCCAGUCCUGAAAGGUAUUUUGCGUCUGGCUGAUCUCCCUGGGCAGAAACCAUACUUGGCUGGAGAAUGUACAAACCAUCACCAGCAGCAGAAGCAUCACAGUGCAAAGAAAUCCUUGAAGAGGGACAUGGACAGAGCCUCAUAUGUGAAGCGCUGCCUAUUCCGUAUGUCAUUGAAGCCCUUUCGCAAAUGGGAGGUUGGAAAGGACCUCCCAGCCAUGUUGGGGCUUCUGAGGUCCCUGGUCUUUCCUGGAGGCAAGAAACCCAACACAGUUACUGAAUGUGGGGAGGACGUUUGCAGUCAAAAAAGUCAUUACAAAUCAGGUGAAUGUGGGAAGGCUUCCAGGCACAAACACACUCCUGUUCAUCCAAGAGUCUACACUGGAAAAAAGCUUUAUGAGUGUAGCAAAUGUGGGAAAGCCUUCCGGGGCAAGUACUCACUUGUUCAGCACCAGAGAGUCCAUACUGGAGAAAGGCCUUGGGAGUGCAGUGAAUGUGGAAAAUUCUUUAGCCAGACUUCCCACCUGAAUGACCAUCGGAGAAUCCAUACUGGAGAAAGGCCUUAUGAGUGCAGCGAAUGUGGAAAAUUAUUUAGACAAAACUCCAGCCUUGUUGACCACCAGAAAAUACACACUGGAGCAAGGCCUUAUGAGUGCAGCCAGUGUGGGAAAUCCUUUAGCCAAAAAGCCACCCUUGUUAAACACCAAAGAGUUCACACUGGAGAAAGGCCUUAUAAGUGUGGUGAAUGUGGGAAUUCCUUUAGUCAAAGUGCCAUUCUUAAUCAACACCGAAGAAUUCACACUGGAGCAAAGCCUUAUGAGUGUGGCCAGUGUGGGAAAUCCUUUAGUCAAAAAGCUACCCUCAUUAAACACCAGAGAGUUCACACUGGAGAAAGGCCUUAUAAAUGUGGAGAAUGUGGGAAAUCCUUUAGUCAAAGCUCCAUCCUUAUUCAACACCGGAGAAUUCAUACUGGAGCAAGGCCUUAUGAGUGUGGCCAGUGUGGAAAGUCCUUUAGCCAAAAGUCAGGCCUCAUUCAACACCAAGUGGUUCACACUGGAGAAAGGCCUUAUGAGUGCGACAAAUGUGGGAAUUCCUUUAGCCAAUGCUCCAGCCUCAUACAUCACCAAAAAUGCCAUAACACAUAGAGGCCUCAUGAAUGCAGCAAAUGUGGAAGCGCCUUCAACUCAAGAUCUAUCAUCAUUUAGCUCCUGAAAGUCCACACUUAAGUAGAGCCUUAGACCUACAGGGAAUGUGCUGUCUCUGUAGUACUGUAGCAGUAGAGGGCCUUUGUGAGGGAGCCAUCUGCCUAAAGUUGAACCUCAUUCUUCCUUGUUUCUCUGGUAGAAACCAUCUACCCUCUGCCACCUUGCACAGUGGGCAUCGGUCACACUGAUGUGCUAAGGCAAGGCAGGCAUUUGUGUGUUCUCUUAGUCUUUGGAGGAAAUCUUGAGCAAUCUAAGCCUUUAGAGAAAAUUCAUUCUUUUUUCUGACUGAUCACAGCAUACAUGUGACCCAGUUUUGAUCAGGAGGGCCCAGCCUUGGUUCUGCUGGACGCUUAUGUGCAAGGAUUCCCUUUAUGUAAAUUCUUGGUCUCACAUGACACCUGGUCGUUAUUCUAGCCUCCAAGUCACCUGGUGAAUGGCUGCCUCACAUUGCUCCAGUUUGUGCACUAAUAAAAGCCUUAUAUUUGAAUCUACUUGUAGUCUUGGGGUUUUGUUUACUGUGUGGGGUGGCUAGGAAACAGACUUCAACUCUAUAUGAAGGAAUGGACAGCUUUUGUGGGCCUCUGCAGGAAAAGUAAGAUGACAGAGUAAUUCUCAUUCUGGUUUUGGUCCUACUUGCUUUGCUACCUAAAAUCUCCUAGGAAACAAUGCAAGGUUUUGGUUAUUCUAAUUUGUGGCCUGGAUCCCUAUUCUUUCUGUGAGACUAGAGGUCAUCCUGAGGAGAGGCCAGCUGUUAUGACAAGCACCUGUGCUUCAGGGAAUAGGACAAUUUUAUUCCAUUGUUUCUAGAGGAUGUCAUAUGAUGCCCAGCGCUGUUGAGAAGAUUAAGAUUUUCAUGGGGUUCUAUAAGGAGGCAUGCCCUGAUAUCAAACAUUCCAUAGGCUGAUGUCGCUCAGAAGACAACGGGAGUCACAUGUGAACUCUGGGUACUGUAGCAAGCUAGUUGGAAUGUGCCUCUUGUAAAAGUACAUUUACAAAUCUUCCCGUGACUGUGGCUUUGAGCAGUCAUAGGACCUAGAAAUCUCUGUAUGUCCAAUAGCUUAGGUUAUUGUCAGCAAAAAUGAAGGGUGUUUUUUUUGUUGUUGUUUUUUAAUUGUUGGCUUUCUAGGUUGUUCACCUCAAGUUCAUUGCUGUAGAGGUAGAAAAAGGAGGAUAAAGAUAAUAGAAGUCCUAUAGGCCAGGGAUGUAUUGAUAGCUCUUGUGAUUUCCACCAGUGUUGCUGUUGUCUCAAAUUGCCGCAGCCUUCAUUGCUUGCCAAUAUUUCCUGCAUGGAGGGACGCAUGGUUGCCCUUCCCCAGGCCU